ACAUACAUUCAUACAUACAUACAUAUCCAGCUCGGGAACUGUUUUAGCCCUUUCUUUAACGUUAGCUAGCCAAAUUGGCUAGCACUGGGGAACUACAAGUCAAGCCAAGCCAAGUGAAUGGACUGGUCCGGUUUUUAAAAAGAAAAAGAAAAAACAAGAACUACCCAGUAGAUCUGUAUGGAUUGUGUUCUGCGACACUCCUGUCAGCAUGAACGAAUGAGCUUAUGCAACAAGCUGAGGGGAAAUGGCUUUUGAAUUGUCUCAGUCCUGCCACGUACAGUCCGUCCUCCUCCUCCUCGGUCCCUGAAGGACGUCAGCUGUUUAUGGGAACUACUGGCAUCGGUCUCCUGAGGAUUUAGCUCUCCUUUCGGGACGCCAUCCCCAUCCCCCCUCCUCCUCCAUCCCGCCCUCGCGCUCCACAGCGACAUGGCUAACAACUCGUACACCGGCGUGAAGAACUCCGUAGCGGAGCCCAAUCACGAUGGGGAAUUCGGCUGCUCGCUCAAAGAGCUGCGCUCGCUCAUGGAACUGCGGGGGGCCGAGGGAUUACACAAAAUCCAGGAUUGUUACGGGGACGUCAACGGACUCUGCGGCAGACUGAAAACGUCGCCUAUAGAUGGUUUAAGCGGGAACCCUGCCGAUAUCGAAAGCAGAAAAUUAGCGUUUGGACAGAACUUUAUACCUCCGAAAAAGCCAAAAACCUUUCUUCAAUUAGUAUGGGAAGCAUUACAAGACGUAACGUUGAUUAUUCUAGAAGUGGCAGCCAUAAUUUCAUUAGGCCUUUCUUUUUAUAGACCUCCGGAUUUAGAGGAUAAAAAAUGCGGGGAGGGAGCAGGAGGCGCAGAAGACGAGGGCGAGUCCGAGGCAGGAUGGAUCGAGGGAGCGGCCAUCCUCCUCUCUGUUGUCUGCGUGGUGCUAGUGACGGCUUUUAACGACUGGAGUAAAGAGAAGCAGUUCCGUGGCUUACAGAACCGCAUCGAACAAGAGCAGAAGUUUACAGUGAUGCGCGCUGGGCAAGUCAUUCAGAUCCCCGUGGCUGAGAUUGUAGUCGGGGAUAUUGCACAAAUCAAAUACGGUGACCUCUUACCUGCCGACGGCGUUCUCAUCCAAGGGAACGAUCUUAAAAUCGACGAGAGCUCUCUGACGGGAGAAUCGGACCACGUGAAGAAACUGCUGGAUAAAGAUCCCAUGCUGUUGUCAGGUACCCAUGUCAUGGAGGGCUCUGGAAAAAUGGUCGUCACUGCCAUCGGAGUCAACUCCCAGACCGGAAUCAUCUUCACGUUACUGGGGGCAGGAGAGGACGACGACGACGACGAGGAGAAAGAGGAGAAGAAGAAAGAAAAAGAGAGGAAGAAGGAGAAGAAAAACAAAAAGCAAGACGGCUCUGUGGAGAACAGAAAGAAAGCUAAAGCCCAGGAUGGAGCUGCAAUGGAAAUGCAGCCCCUGAACAGCGACGAAGGAGCAGAUGCAGAUGAGAAGCGCAAAGCCAACUUGCCCAAAAAAGAGAAAUCCGUUCUCCAAGGGAAGCUGACUAAACUAGCAGUCCAAAUUGGCAAAGCAGGUCUGGUGAUGUCCGCCAUCACCGUCAUAAUCCUGGUGGUGUUGUUUAUAGUGAACACCUUUUGGGUGCGAGGGCUUCCGUGGGAGAAAAGCUGCACGCCAAUAUACGUCCAGUAUUUCGUCAAGUUCUUCAUCAUCGGCGUGACCGUCUUGGUGGUGGCCGUCCCUGAGGGCCUGCCUCUUGCCGUCACUAUUUCACUGGCUUACUCUGUCAAAAAAAUGAUGAAGGACAACAAUUUGGUGAGGCAUUUAGAUGCCUGCGAGACCAUGGGCAAUGCUACUGCCAUCUGUUCAGAUAAGACAGGCACUCUGACCAUGAACAGGAUGACUGUGGUGCAGGCUUACAUCGCAGAUCAGCACUACAGGAAGGUCCCUGAGCCGGAAGUAAUCCCUGCCAGCAUCAUGGACCUGCUCGUUCUGGGCAUCAGCGUCAACAGUGCUUAUACCACCAAGAUCCUGCCUCCCGAGAAGGAGGGAGGUCUAUGUCGUCAGGUGGGCAACAAAACCGAAUGUGCCUUGCUCGGCUUCGUGUUGGACCUGAAAAAAGACUACCAAGCAAUCCGCAACGAGAUCUCCGAGGAGAAGCUCUAUAAAGUUUACACGUUCAACUCUGUCAGGAAAUCCAUGAGCACCGUGUUGAAGAACGCUGACGGAAGCUUCCGGAUGUUUAGCAAAGGAGCCUCGGAAAUUCUACUCAAGAAAUGUUCCAAGAUCCUCACAGCGACCGGUGAGAGUAAGGUGUUCCGGCCCAGAGACAGGGAUGACAUGGUGAAGAAAGUGAUCGAGCCCAUGGCCUCUGAAGGCCUGAGGACAAUAUGCCUGGCCUACAGAGACUUCCCCGCUUCAGAAGGGGAACCCGACUGGGAAAACGAGGCCGAUAUACUCACCAGACUCACCUGUUUGUGCGUGGUGGGCAUCGAGGACCCAGUCAGACCGGAAGUCCCCGACGCGAUCAGGAAGUGCCAGCGUGCCGGGAUCACAGUACGUAUGGUCACCGGGGACAACAUCAACACGGCUCGCGCCAUAGCGUCCAAGUGCGGCAUCCUGCAGCCCGGAGACGACUUCCUCUGCCUGGAAGGUAAAGAAUUCAACCGGCGGAUACGCAACGAGAAGGGAGAGAUCGAACAGGAGAGGAUCGAUAAAAUAUGGCCUAAACUCCGAGUCCUGGCGAGAUCGUCUCCGACAGACAAGCACACGUUGGUUAAAGGUAUCAUCGACAGCACUGUUCUAGAACAGAGGCAAGUAGUAGCGGUAACAGGAGACGGUACAAACGACGGCCCUGCCUUGAAAAAGGCCGAUGUCGGAUUCGCUAUGGGCAUCGCGGGCACAGACGUAGCUAAAGAGGCUUCCGACAUCAUUCUCACCGACGACAAUUUCUCCAGCAUCGUCAAAGCUGUCAUGUGGGGCCGCAACGUCUACGACAGCAUCUCCAAAUUCCUGCAGUUCCAGCUCACGGUCAACGUAGUGGCCGUGAUCGUGGCCUUCACCGGAGCGUGCAUCACACAGGAUUCUCCAUUGAAAGCAGUACAGAUGUUGUGGGUAAAUCUGAUCAUGGACACCUUCGCAUCGCUAGCUCUGGCCACCGAACCUCCCACGGAGUCUCUGCUGCUGAGGAAGCCGUACGGCCGGAACAAACCCCUCAUCUCCAGAACCAUGAUGAAGAACAUCCUGGGCCAUGCCGUCUACCAGCUCACCGUCAUCUUCACUCUGUUGUUUGCAGGUGAAAGGCUGUUCGACAUCGACAGCGGCCGUAACGCCCCUCUCCACGCUCCGCCCUCCGAGCACUACACCGUCGUCUUCAACACCUUCGUGUUGAUGCAGCUCUUCAACGAGAUCAACGCCCGCAAGAUCCACGGCGAGAGGAACGUCUUCGACGGUAUCUUCAACAACCUCAUCUUCUGCUUCAUCGUCUUCGGCACGUUCAUCAUCCAGUUCGUCAUCGUGCAGUUUGGAGGCAAGCCCUUCAGCUGUGUGGCUCUUACCAUCGACCAGUGGCUCUGGUGCGUCUUCUUAGGCUGUGGCUCCCUGCUCUGGGGUCAGGUGAUCUCCUCCAUCCCGACCAGCCGCCUGAAGUUCCUGAAGACGGCCGGUCACGGAACUCAGAAGGAGGAGAUUCCAGACGAGGAGCUGGAGGACAUGGAGGACCUGGAAGAGAUCGACCACGCCGAGCGUGAGCUCCGCAGGGGGCAGAUACUCUGGUUCCGAGGCCUGAACAGGAUACAGACUCAGAUGGAUGUAGUGAGUGCGUUCCAGAGCGGCACUUCCUUUCAGGGGGCCCUCAGGCGUCACCCCUCGAGCACCAGCCAACAGCACGAUAUCCGAGUAGUGAAUGCAUUCCGCAGCUCCCUGUCCCCCUAUGAGGGGCUGGAGAAGCCCGAGUCGCGCAGCUCAAUCCACAACUUCAUGACCCACCCGGAGUUCCGGAUAGAGGACUCGGAGCCCCACAUCCCCCUCAUCGACGACACGGAUGCCGAGGACGACGCCCCCACGAAGAGAAACGCCACCCCCACACCCCCUCCACCUCCCUCUCCGUCGCCCAACCAGAACAAUAACGCCGUGGACAGUGGCGUCCACCUCUUCUUAGACAACAGCAAGCCGGCCACGCCCUCGGCCCCGGCGAGCCCCAUGCACAGCGUGGAGACGUCCCUCUGAUCGGCUCCGCCCUCCCCAAACCGACCCCACCCUCCCUCCCUCCCUCCACACUCUGAGCCACACCCACCUGCCGUCUCUACAGACACCUGUGCUCGCUCAGCGGACUCAUGGGCGCGGAGCCGUGCGUGAUCUGGGAGCUUGACUGAAGCAAGAGCAAGCGCUCACCACAGCGUAGGGUGUGGUUGUGAUGAUUACCUUUUUUUUGUUGUUGUUGUUGUUGCUGUUGUCUUAUUUUAUUCUCAAUAUCCUCUCGGAGAGGGAAGGACUCUAUUUCCACCUCUGCUUAUAAAAUCUUUCUGUCCCCUUUGUGGAAACGGAGGGAUUGUUCAUUCAGAUUGAAAGUGACCUGUAUUUUUUAUUAUUAUUAUUAUUAUUAUUUAAUUAUUAAUAUUCUAAUACUGAGGAGGCGAUUGGUCUCUCCAAGGCUUGCAGAUGAUUAGCCGUAAGAAUUAAAUUUUUUUUUCCCCCCCUCC